ACCUAAACCUAUAAGCCUGACGUUGUGUACGGUUUCUUUAGUCUCGGUGAUAUUUUAAUUUACCAUGUCGCGACACAAAGAAAAUAUAUUUUUAGAGAAAUUUAAUCUUUUGAACUCACAGGAACGCAAUGAGGAAGUCAUAAGGUGGUCAUCAAGUUCCUCAAGUGAUUACGACAACAGUUCAUAUAGUGAACAACAGUGCAAUAAAAAUAACAGUCUAAAAACAUCGAGAAAACGAAAACGUAAGAAAAAACUGCCUAAAAACCUAUCUAACUUAGACGUUACAAUCAUAGAUGCACCUAAAAAUAGUGACUAUAGAGAAAAAUCACCAAUUUUAAUGGAAAAAUGUAUGCAAUGUCCUGUGUCCCCAAUUCUAACCUCGACAAAGUUACCGCCAAAAAAUUCAACGUCACCUAUACUUGGUAUUAAAACUGUACAGCCAAAGAGCCCUAUAUUAAUGCAGAAAAAUCAAUCGCUUAGAUAUUCAAAUAAAUCUAGAAAAAAGUUAGCAUAUUGUGAAGAUAAAAUUUUGUCUAUGAAUGUUGGAAAUCAACAAGAUUAUAGUCCGAAAAUACCGGACAGAGAUGGCUCAGGAAUUUCCAUUCAGCCGACAGACUUACAAUCAAAUGAUUUUAGUAUAGAUAAAACAAUAAAUGAAGAGAGCAGGUCUUCACUUAAAAGUUUGAUCCUAAAUAAUGUCAAGAAUUAUUUCAAUAGUCAUUUUAGCUCAGACAGUGCUUCACAGCAUAUAAGUGAUACGCCAACUCCUGAAGAGUGUUCAAAAUGUGACUCAAUAGAAAUAUUAAGUUGUAAGACACAAACCUUAACAAAUGUCCCAAUAAUAAAACAAGAAAAUUCAAGUAACUCUGACACAUCAACUUAUUUUGAGAAAAAUAAAAAGCUAAAAUAUAAGAAAGGAGGUCUAGCUUGUAGGCUGAAUAUGCUUUUGAAAAAACAAAAUGCCCAAAUAUCUCUAUGGCAGCAUGAAAAAUUUUUGGCGGGAAAUUGUAACUUUGUAAUGCCAAAAGAGGAACAUAGAGUGUUUUGUAUAAAAAACAUAGAAUUUAAAUAUGGAUGCUAUUGUAUUAAUGCUGUUGAUGUCAAAAAUGAUUCUUAUGUUAUUUUUAUUAAUGCAUUUUAUGUAACUAAUAAUAUUUGUUCAGAAUCAGUUUUGAAAUUGUAUGACCCUUAUAGAAUAUGUACACUUAGAAAUUGUAAAAUAAUAUUAAAUGUUAUAAAGUUUGAACUUGAAAAACUGACAAUAUAGAAAAGUGUAUUUAAAUAGAGACUAUACUUAUGUUAAAAUAUGAUUCUAUAUUGAAUUGAGUAUCUAGUUUCCGACUAGCCAAAUUCAAUACUUUUUGCGAAAUGUCAAAAACAAUACACUUGAAACAAUUUUAGAUGAUCUUUAUAUUAAGUACAUCAUAUUUGUGUUUUGCAUUAUACAGGGAUGUAAACGGAACGCUCCCGAUAAACGCUGACAGGCAAUGGUAAAAAACUAGUUUUAUUUUCAUAAACGUAAGGAAUUAAAUGUUUAUUUUAUGUAAUAAUAGUUGUAAUCAAAUGCUCAAGGCUGAUGUAUGAAUUACACGAAAACAAAAUCAAUUAUAAUAAUAAUUGUAAAAAAGUUCUUUAUGUCAGCGUUCCAGGAAUGUUCCGCAUACAACCUGUAUAGUAGAAAAAAUUAUAUUCAUAUAUUUUUAAAUUAAUUUCAGAACAUGUUAUAAUUUUUUUUAUUGACAGUAUUUUAUUUAUUGUUAAAACUUGGAACAGAUUAUUUAUUUUUGACCGACAAAACUACCCAAUGUUGAAAACUUGACAUUGUAUUCUUUGGUAGCUUGUAAGUUUAAUAUUCUGUAUUUUUAUUAAUAAUAAACAUAACUGGACUGUUGUUGGUGUUUCUCUGGAAAUUUUAACACACAAUUAUUUUGCUUUGACCAAUAUUUAUUAACUCUAA